AACUCUCUCAAUUCAUUUUUUCUUUUAAUUUUUGACAAACAAAAACUCAAUCCUUAACUUACUCUGCUUCCUUAAUUCUCAAAAUCUUUACCAAAAAUAGAUAGUAUGAAGAGAGAAAGAUCUGAGUACGAAGAAUCCAUCAAGAAUCUAGACAUUGCUAAAUGUCUAAUGAUACUAUCACAAACCUCCAUGGUCAAACACAUUGGUGUUAACCAUUUUACCGAGAGCAACACAAGUAAUCGUUUCGAAUGCAAAACGUGUAACCGGAGAUUUUCUUCUUUCCAAGCCCUUGGUGGCCACCGGGCAAGCCAUAAGAAGCCGAAGCUAACCGUUGAGCAGAAAGACGUGAAACAUCUUAGCAACAAUAACAAAGGAAAUCAUAUGCACGAGUGUUCGAUAUGCGGUCAGAGUUUUGGGACCGGACAGGCUUUAGGCGGUCACAUGAGACGGCAUAGGUCAAGCAUGACAGUCGAGCCAUCGCAGCUGAUCUCUCCGGUGAUUCCUACCAUGCCGGUUUUGAAACGAUGCAGUAGUAGCAAGAGGGUUCUGUCUUUGGAUUUGAAUCUAACUCCUUUAGAGAAUGAUCUUGAAAUUAUUUUUGGGAAGACUUUUUUUCCGAACAUAGAUAUGAAGUUUGUUGUUUAGCUUUUUUCUUUCUUAAUCAUUUAGGUUAUUGCAAUUCUUUUGUAUUGUAAUUCUCUCAUUCUUUUAAGGAUUCUUUCAAAUGUUAUGUUCAUUGUGAGUUACUUGGUUGUCAUGUAAGUUAGUUGGAUUUUUUAUUUUUUUGGU